UUGAGACUCAUCAUGUUGCUCUCUUUGGUGCUGCUUUGGCUUCUGGUCGGGGGUUCACAAGCAUCUCAUUUUCUAGGCACCGUGAUGACCUAUUACCCAAAGGAAACUCUUGCAAAUGGAUCAAUCUCAGUGAUCCUUCGCUACAAGCUCAAUUUUGCCCGUUGCAAACAUAGUGAUACAUGGGAAUGCUCUGGCAACUGUGGAAUAGAGACCCAGACCCUUGCGUUAUCUGUGGUUGAGGAGGAAACGAUGUUGGACAGCAGCUGGUGUCAGAGAGAAGGGGAAAUAACUCAUCUGCUCCCCAACAAUACAGGAUUUCAGACUGUGUUGGCGGGUAGUGGUUGGGUCACUAACACCCAAAAUGGUGUUUCCUUCUGGUUAGCUGUGACUGAUGUGGAACUGAGAAACCGUUCGGACAUUGAAAAACCAAACUCAUCCCCACAGUCAACCAUUCUCCCAGCUCUGAGAUUUCCCUCAAACUGUGCCAAAAAUAUAAAUUUCUUAGCUUUCGACCCAGAUGGAGAUGAAGUUAAAUGCAGAUAUGGAAGCACGUCAGAUUCAGAGUGUAACCCAUGCACGCCCCCAUCUGUCCUCAGCCUCUCAUCCUCUUGUUCUCUGUCAUUCAGCCCAACUAACAGCACUCUUAACAGUAGUACUGAGCUUCUAUAUGCGGUCCAGUUGGUGAUGGAGGACUUUCCCACACAGAGCAUUACUUUGACUCAAACUGAUGGUUCACAGGAGGUGAAAACUACCACUGAUGCCAUCAGCAAGAUUCCUUUACAGUUUGUUUUGAGAGUGGGCCCUACAAUACCAUCCUGCACAGAGGGUCUCUACCUGCCUAGAUUUCUUUUUUCAACUCCAGAGAACAGAGCUCAGCUUUUCAGCACCGUUGGUCAGGUUCUGGAAAUAAGCAUCAGAGCAGAGGCAAAUAUGUCUGUAAUUACCAACCUCCUGUAUAGCGGGCCUUACAAUGUGGUGAAGAGGUCAUUGGGAUCAGGAAGCUUCUCUCUGAGUUGGACACCAUCUGCAACAGAAGUUGGACAGAAUCAUCCCAUCUGUUUUACCGUGCAGGCAAAUGUAUCCAAUACUUUCUAUGACUCUGAACUUCGGUGUGUUAUUGUAACGGUUGGAAACGCCCCAUCACUAUCUACAGCAGGACCAACUUCAUCUGUGCCUUUAUCUACAGAGAGCUCAACAGAAUUAAACACAACUACACCAAGUACCGUAAAUGCUACUGCUAAUUCCACCACCCUAAUCUCAACUCGAAAUGCUACUACAAGCAUCACCCUUGCCCUGAAUACAACUACUUCAACAAAUGCAACACAGAUAAUCUCAACAUUAGCUGGAACAACUUCUGAUCCAGGGCCAGGAUAUGUUAUUGCUCUGAAUAUGAAGAUCUCCACCACACUUUCUUUAAAGGAUGAUUCUGAUACCAUCAUAGCACUGAUUAAAGAAAAACUGGUUCAAGAAGGGUUGCCUUCCUCCAUAACUAUUCGCCCCUUGAAUACAACAGCAAGUCCCUAGAGGAGCAUCAAGAAGCAGUAACUGGGCUAUGUGGGGAUAUAUAUAUAUUUCCAGAGGUCGAGAAAAAUCUACAAAAAUCAUGAAUACAUAUAAUCUGUUUUAUUCUUUGCCUAGCCUUUGUCAUCCGUGUAUCCAUCCAUCCAUCCAUCCAUCCAUCCAUCCAUCCAUCCAUCCAUCAUCUGAUCUAUCUUGUCUUUGCGGGGUUAGAUGGGCACUGUGUUAAGGGGCUAGCUUUGUCUAGCAGACAUUUGACUAGUGGCAGGGUAAAUCCUGCACAGGUUGUCAGUCAUUCCAGGUUAUUACAGAAACACACAGGACAAUAAAACAAGGCUGCUCCACACAUACUUGAUGACAGUUAAGAGAGAACAGUUGACCUAGCAUACAUGUUUUGUACUGUGGUAGGAAUAUAGAGUGUAUUUCUUUUCUUUUGACAUAUAUCAUAUCAAUACUCUAAUAUUCAUGUCUAGAAAAUGAAGCGAAUAAAAACA